AUCAUGUAUGUCAGGCUAUGUUUGCAAUAUUCAGGAGAAAAAAUGCGAAGUUAAAGAAUGUUCCCCUUUAUCAAUUGCGAACACCGUCAUACUCGGUAGCGUAAAUGCAGUCGGAGCUAAGGUCAAGAUGCGUUGUAAGGAAGGAUUCUAUGCACAAGGAUCGACAGCUAUCACAUUAACGUGUAAAUCAAACGGUGAUUGGAGUCCAACACCUUUGAUUUGCAUGCCAGUGCCUAAGGAUUGCGCCGACAUCAAGGACACGGGUCAAAAUGAGGCAAAAACAGGUGUCUACAGAAUUAGACCGGACGGAACAUCAAGUUUCUUUGUCCGUUGUGAUAUGGAGACAUUAGGGGGUGGAUGGACCGUCAUACAGCGCCGAGUAUCGGACUCAGACUUCUUCAAAGACUGGAAUACCUAUCAGAAAGGUUUUGGGAGCCUUGAUACAAACUUCUGGCUUGGCCUUGAGCAGAUUCAUUACAUAUCUCGACAAGAUCGAUACGAGCUGCGAGUCGACAUGACGAAGUACGACGGGACAACUAAAUAUGCCUGCUAUAAGGUGUUUGAGCUGGGAGAUUUGACAUCUGGUUAUAAGCUAACCGUUGAUGAGUAUUCAGGAACAGCCGGAGACAGCUUGUCUUAUCACAAUGGUCAACAAUUCUCAACCUACGAUAAUGACAACGAUAACCGUGGUGCGAACUGUGCUGAAGUAUACGUUGGUGCAUGGUGGUACAAGGCCUGUCACUUUUCGAACCUCAACGGAGACUACGGAAACAAUGGAUUUGGGAAGGGCCUGAACUGGUUGACUUUCACCACCCACAAGAAAUCCCUGAUGUCAGUCGAGAUGAAGCUUAGAAAAGUGUCAAUAUAA